AUGAGCACGGAAUACUCUAUGGCCCACCAGGGAGCACGUCCCUUGGAUGCCCAAGGGUACCCGGUGAGCACAGGCCUGCAUGGGCCGCGUCCUCUGGGUGCUGCCUCGAGCUAUGAUCCCAGUCGUGCCGCACAAGCUCAUUAUGCUGCGACAGGGGAACAUGUCAGCGCGAAUGAUUUUCAAAAUGGCGCGCCGCUCGGUGAUUACAACUACAGUACUGGCUACAUGGGCAACGCCAGUCGUCAGAACCUGAUGAGCCCAGGCUACGCGCAGCAGGGAUGGAACGAUGCGGCCAACCCCUACGCGACAGAUGGUUUUGAAUCGAACCAUGGCCACCGGUCAGUGCCUCCUGCUGUGGCGCCCCAGGCGCAUACAGGCCGCGCUCCCUCGUCUGCAGCUGCUGCGGGUGCCAGUGCUGGUCUCGGUGCUGCUGGCGCCAGCGCUGCCCAUGCUGGUGGCGUCCCUCCUAACAACACUGGUGCGGCCAAGUACAAUGCGGCUACAUCUGGUAGCCGCAAACGUCGCGGUAUGUUCGGCGGAAAGAAAUGGCUUUGGUGGCUACUUGGUAUUAUUGCCGUGAUUGUUAUUCUGGCCAUUGCAUUGGGCGUGGGUCUUGGUGUGGGCCUCACGCAAGAUGACAAAAAGGGCGGCAAUGACAAUGACAAGGGGUCGGCCGUUAGUGGUAUCGGUACUGGUAAGCCUCAGUCGAACCUGGCUGCUGUGUUCCCGCAGGACGUGCGUAAUGCUGCCUCGAACGCUGCUAAAAGCGGUGGUGGGGAUCAGCUCUCGUACACGGGCACGGAUGUGUACGGCAACCCAAUGUUCACGAGUGCGGCGAACACGGGUGCGCCGAGUACAGGCAAGCAGCCUGGUUCGUGUGGAAAGGACCCAUGGAAAGCUACGAACAACCUGAACAACGGUCGCCCUGGCCACCCUCGUCUGAUUGCGCCGCAGUACAUGUGGGACUGCUUGCCGAGCAAGAUUCAGAAUGAUGCUUACCUCACAGCGUGGAACCACACGAUCAUGACCAACGCGUCGACCUGGUUGGGUGCGAAGCCUGUAACAUACGAUGUGGAUGGUGGUCUUACGCUCUCUGGUAUUCUGGACGUCUCGCGUAUUGUGCAGCAACGCCUCAAGGCAUGGGCCUAUGCGUACCGCAUGACACGCGACAAGAAGUACAGUGACCGCGCGUACCAGGAGAUGAGCGUGGCGGCCGGCAACACGUCGCAGCCGUUUGGUGAUGGUGUCAAGCGCUGGAACCCUGACCAUUUCCUGGACACUGCUGAAAUGAUUGCGGCAUAUUCCUUCGCUUACGACUGGAUGUUUGAUGCGUGGAACGACCAGCAAAAGUCGUACAUUCGUGACUGGAUCGUGACGUACGGUCUGCAGCAGGGUAUGGACAUGUACAACAGUGGCACCGCUUGGUGGUCGCAACCAGCGAGUGGAAACGGCAACUGGAACUGUGUGAGCAACGGUGGUUUGGUAUUUGGUGCACUUGCGGUGCAGAACGACGUAACAGGUGCUGCGAAGAACACGACCGACACAAUCUUGCAGACGGCGCUGAAUAAUGCGAAGAACAACUGCAUGCGUGGUGUGUACGAAGACGGCACAUGGUCAGAGACGCCGAACUACUGGUACUUUGGUACGAAUGGUCAUGCUCGCAUGCUUUCAGCUUUGAUUACAGCCACAGGUUCGGACCAGGGUCUCAUGAGCCAGAACAAGAACUGGUACAAGACGAGUGAAUUCCACAUGUAUGUGACGGGCAAUGGCGGCAUGUACGCGUACGGUGACAAUGGUCCGAACAAAUUCUCGACGACAGCGAACCAGCUUUUCCUGUAUAGUCAGCUGGCCAAGAACCCUUUGUACGCUCUCUUCCAGCGUGACCGUGCGGAUGCUGCAUCGGACCCUCUCAGUAUGUUCUGGUACGAUGCGUCGUCGAAGGGUGGUUUCUUCAACGGUCUUCCAUUGGAUCGCUUCUUUGACAACGACCAGAACAGCUGGGGUACCAUGCGUAGUUCGUGGACAGACACGACGGGUGUGUACGUUGCUAUGAAGUCGUCGAACAUGACGGGCCACCAGACCCACGGUGACUUGGACGCUGGUGACUUUGUCAUCGAUGCUCUGGGUACGCGUUUCGUGGGUGAGUACGGUAGUGACAACUACCUGGCGAAGGACUACUUUGCGAGUGAAGAAGACAGCGCUGCGCGGUGGACUUACUUCCGUAAGGGCACGCAAGGCCAAAACACCGUGGUAAUUGGCAAACAGAACCAACACUCCAGCUGCAAGCCGAAGAACACAUUCCAGUCGUCAAACACGGCGCAAAAUGGCGACCUGAGCUUCACACCGGACCAGAGCUCCACGGCGUUCAUGGUCACGGACAUGAGUCAGUGCUACGGUCAGCAGGAUGGCAGCGUGAAGCGUGGUAUCCGCAUGCUCAAUGGCCGUCGUCAGGUGCUUGUGCAGGACGAGAUCAAGAGUCCGAACCAGGAAAUUCAGUGGCGUGUGCAGACGAACGCGACGGUGACCCUGUCGGGUGACAAGAAGACGGCCACAUUGAAGAUCAACAAAGUGGAGAACCCGAACGCCCCCAAAGACCCGCUGAUGGCGACGCUAGAGAACGAGGUGACGAUGGUGGCCACCAUUGUCCAGCCGCAAGAUGCGCAGUUUGAGGUGAACCCAGCAUACAACAAGCAGACGAAUGCGCCGAACUACUACUAUGGCGCUGACAAGGUGCCGCAACAGGAUAAGGACAUCAACGGCAACCCGAUCCAGGCUGAGGUGCUCGACUUUGAAGUGAGCGUUCUCUCUAUUACCUUGCCCGGUAAUGCGGACACCAACAUCCAGGUUUGGUGGCAGCCUCAGUACGGCAACGGCAACGACGCUGACAAGAACACGCCGAAGAACGUGCCGCUUGCUCAGUGGAGCCUCACCAGCCACUAA